AUGCAUGACCCAGGUGGUGCAGGCAUCGAGUCGAUACAUUUACAAGGUAGUGCAAGAAUUUUAUCAACAUAUGUAGGAAAUAGUACAGACAUGGAGCUGAUACGUGUACCAGGUGGUGCAGGGAUUGAUUCAAUACAAUUAUCAGGUGGUGCAGGGAUUAAUUUAAUACCAUUAUCAGGUGGUGCAAGGAUUGAUUCAAUACAAUUAUCAGGUGGUGCUGGUACUAAUUCAAUACCAUUAUCAGGUGGUGCAGGGAUUGAUUCAAUACAAUUAUCAGGUGGUGCAGGGAUUGAUUCAAUACCAUUAUCAGGUGGUGCAAGGAUUGAUUCAAUACCAUUAUCAGGUGGUGCAUGUACUAAUUCAAUACCAUUAUCAGGUGGUGCAGGGAUUGAUUCAAUGCCAGUAUCAGGUGGUUCAGGCACUAAUUCAAUACCAUUAUCAGGUGGUGCAGGGAUUGAUUCAAUACAAUUAUCAGGUGGUGCAGGGAUUGAUUCAAUACCAUUAUCAGGCGGUGCAGGGAUUGAUUCAAUGCCAGUAUCAGGUGGUGCAGGCACUGAUUUAAUACCAUUAUCAGGUGGUGGAGGGAUUGAUUCAAUACAAUUAUCAGGUGGUGCAGGGAUUGAUUUAAUACCAUUAUCAGGUGGUGCAGGGAUUGAUUCAAUACAAUUUUCAGGUGGUGCAGGUACUAAUUCAAUACCAUUAUCAGGCGGUGCAGGGAUUGAUUCAAUGUCAAUAUCAGGUGGUGUAGGCAUUAAUUCAAUACCAUUAUCAGGUGGUGCAGGGAUUUAUUCAAUACCAUGA